UUUCCCGGUAUGGCCCCGGUGCUGCUGUGUUUAACGGUGCUGGUAACGGUCGCUUGCGGGGGGGUCGGCGGCGGCGGCGCCGCUGGUGGUGGUUUAGGAGGGGGGGGGUCGGUAGGAGAAGGGCACCCCCCCGCCGCCGCCGCCGUUGCCGCCGCCGCCUCCUCCGCCUCCACCUCCUCCUCUUCGGAGCCGGUUUGCCCGGUGUGCGUUUGGAGGAGGCACAGCAAAGAGCUUCGCUUGGAGAGCAUCAAGUCGCAGAUUUUGAGCAAGCUGCGCUUGAAGGAGGCUCCGAACAUCACCCGGGAGGUGGUGGAGCAGCUGCUGCCCAAGGCCCCUCCGCUCCAGCAGCUCCUCGACCUCCACGACUUCCAGGGGGACUCGCUGCAGCACGACGAGCAGUACCUGGAGGAGGACGAGUACCACGCCACCACCGAGACCGUCAUCAGCAUGGCCCAGGAAACCGACCCGGUGGUGCAGAUCGAGGGCAACCCCCACUGCUGCUUCUUCAACUUCAGCCCCAAGGUGAUGUUCACCAAGGUGGUGAAGGCUCAGCUCUGGGUGUACCUGCGGCCGGUGCAGCACACGGCCACGGUGUACCUGCAGAUCCUGCGGCUGAAGCCGGUGACCGAGGCUGGCAGCCGCCACAUCCGGAUCCGCUCCCUCAAGAUCGACCUCAACUCCCGCGCCGGCCACUGGCAGAGCAUCGACUUCAAGCACGUCCUGCAGAAUUGGUUCAAGCAGCCCCACAGCAAUUGGGGCAUCGAGAUCAAUGCCUUCGACCCCCACGGCAACGACCUGGCCGUCACCUCCCUGGGGCCCGGCGCUGAGGGGCUGCACCCCUUCAUGGAGCUGCGGGUGCUGGAGCCGGCCAAGCGCUCGCGGCGCAACCUGGGGCUGGACUGCGACGAGCACUCGACGGAGUCGCGCUGCUGCCGCUACCCCCUGACCGUCGACUUCGAGGCCUUCGGCUGGGACUGGAUCAUCGCCCCCAAGAGGUACAAGGCCAACUACUGCUCGGGGCAGUGCGAGUACAUGUUCAUGCAGAAGUAUCCCCACACCCACCUGGUGCAGCAGGCCAACCCCCGCGGCUCGGCCGGGCCCUGCUGCACCCCCACCAAGAUGUCCCCCAUCAACAUGCUCUACUUCAACGACAAGCAGCAGAUCAUCUACGGCAAGAUCCCCGGCAUGGUGGUGGACAGAUGCGGCUGCUCCUAAAGGAGAGGGCGGCC